AUGGAGAAAGAAAAUACCAACCUGAGGAAGAAGAGGAAAGCAACAAACAUCUCAAAGAUUGUCGAAGAGAGAUCAGAAAGAGACAACGAGCAGGCUCACACCAAACGAACUUCUCCAAAGAGAGAGGUGAAACAGAAGGGAGCAAGGGGAGUGAAAGCGUCGCGAAGAAAAUUUUUCGCAGGGGGCAAGAAAUUCUGCACCACCACUAAUGCAUUGACUCAGCGGGAGCCUGAUUCAAUGCUGGCUACUAUGUUCAGUGGUCGACAUACUCUCUUCCUAGAUUCUGAUAAAGCAAUGUCAAAUUCUAUCUUUCUUUGUUUAUACUUGUAUAUGGGAUAUGUCUUUGUUGAUAGGGAUGGUAAACACUUCCAUCACAUUCUUAAUUGGUUGGGAGAUGGUGUGGUGCCCACUCUGGAGGACUCUGAAUAUAAUGAACUAUUGCGGGAGGCUGAGAACUAUCAAUUACUUUUUUCAUCUUUGACUAAAACAUGUGUAAAUGAGUUCCUUCAUCGAUUUGUCAUAAGAAUAUCAUCAUCGUGGGAAUGA